AUGACCCAAGACCUCAAAGAUUUAGUCCUGGUCUGUAGUACAGCAACAGGUGGUAUCUCAAAUAUGGAUAGCUUCUUUAAAUUGUUCUUCCAUAAGCUCAACUAUAAAAAGAUGAAGACCAAGGAGGGUAACUUCUGUGUCUAUUAUGACGGUAUUAUAGAAGCUUACCUCUCAUUAAUCUUCGGGUCAGCUGCUGUUGCAGCCUUAGCAUCUGUCUUCCUCUAUAAAAAGCUAGGAAGAAGAUGGCCUCUGCUGUUGGGGUUCGGUUCGCUACUCUUGGGAUCUUUACUAAGCUCUUCAACGAAAGUUCUCUGGAUUCUCUUUAUUGGCAGAAUUAUCACUGGCAUAGGGAUUGGAAUUGUGUCUCAGGUUGUUCCAGUAUAUAGUUCAGAGUCCGCUUCAACUGAUUUUACAAAAAAAUUGGAUUUUAUAUAUAAGUUUUUCUAUGGGAUUGGAACUCCUUUAGGAUUAAUGGUAAAUCUUUUCAUGGCAAAUGUUAAGUGGGGUUGGAGGAUUUGUUUUGCUAUUCCAGGAGUUUUAGCUAUUCCACCCUUUCUCAUUUCCAUUUUUGCUCAUGACACCCCAAUGUACUAUAUAGAGAUGAAAAACUUUAGAAAAGCAAGAAGAGAAUUUAUAAGAACUAGGGGUGAUGGUUUUGAUUCUGAGUUUGAGCAACUAAAAGAGGAGAGUCAGGGAGCUUGGGGUUCAUUAGAGUAUGUCUUUAGGCGUCAAUGUCUCCCUUAUUUGGUUAUCAAUGGUGUACGGGAGAUAUGUUUGCAGAUUUCGGGGAUGUUUGCCAUCAGUUUCUUUUUGCCAACUCUUCUAAUGAAAUUUAAUAUCCCCAGAUCUACAUCUUAUUUUGCACCAACGGUUCUUGAAACUGUGAACUUUGCCAUGAGCUUGAUAGUUUCUGUUUUGCUACUAAAGGGACAUUAUUCUGUGUUGUAUCCUACACGUAGUGAGGCAUAUAGAUUUUUUGGAUUCCUCCUUGCUUGCUCAAUUGGAUAUGGAGUAACUUCAUCAGAAUGGAUUGAAGUUGAAUUCCCAAGGAGAGCUAGUUCAGCUGCUGGCCCUAUGAUGGCGGGUAUAAGUUUUUCGAUUAUGUUAGUGAUGACCUAUGCACUACUGCCAAUGAUUUGCAGCAUGAAAGGAGGAUUAUUUGUCCUUUUCACAGUAAUUGUCGUCUGCAUGCUGGUCUUCAUUUAUCUCCUAGUUCCAGAGAGUUCAGAGAUUCCAGAAGAAGAGAUGAAUGAAAAAGUUUGGAGUAAACAUUGGUUUUGGCAGAGGUAUACGGCACCCGAGGAGAGCUAG